AUGGAUUCGACUGGAAUUCGAACUCGGCUCUGCGAUUCCUCAAUCCAAAGCCAUAUCCAUUACUCACCGUGCCUCCUCUCUCUCUCUUUCCCUCUCUCUUUCUCUCUCUCUCUCUCUCUCUCUUUGGAGUGUAUUUAUCAUAAGUUUCUUUCUUUCCUUCUUUCAUUUCUUUCUUUCUACCUUUCUCUCUUUCGUUCUUUAUUUCUACUCGCUACCCUUCUUUCUUUCUUUCUUUCUUUCUUUCUUUCUUUCUUUCUUGCUUGCUUUUUUCUUUCGUUUUUCUUUCUAGCUUGCUUCUUUUCUUUAUUAUCUUUCGUUCUUUCUUUCUUUUUCUUUCUAUUACUCUUUCUUUCUUUCACUAUCUUGUUCUUUCUUUCUUUUAUCUUUUGCUCUUUCUUUCUUUCUCUAUCAUGUUCUUUUUUCCUUCCUUCCUUCCUUCCUUCCUUCCUUCCUUCAUUCCCUUCCUUCCUUUCCUAUCACCCUGAUUUCCUUCUUAUUUCUUUCUUUCUUCUUCUGUAUAUUCUAAUUUUCUUAGCUCCCUCAUUCUUUCAUUCAUUCAUUCUUUCUUUCUUUCUUUCUUUCUUUCUUUCUUUCUUUCUUUCUUUCUUUACCACAAUCAUUCUUUCAAUAAUUUUUUUUAUCUAUCCUUCAUGUUUAUUCUACUUUCCUUCCUUCCUGGCUUUCUUCAUUCCUUCCUUCGUCCGUCCGUCCGUCUGUCUGUCACUUCUUUCUUUCCUUUUUUUAUAUCUUUCUUUCUUUCUUUCUUUCUUUCUUUCUUUCUUUCUUUCUUUCUUUCUUUCUUUCUUUAGUACACCGCUUCUUUCAUUUCUUUUUCAUCUAUCUUUCAGGUUUAUCGUUUGUUCGUUCGUUUUUCUUUCAUUCUUUCUUUCUUUCUUUCUUCUUUCUUUUCUUUCUUUCUUUCUUUCUUUCUUUCUUUCUUUCUUUCUUUCUUUCCUCCCUCUUUCUUUCUUUCUUUCUUUCUUUCUUUCUUUCUUUCUUUCUUUCUUUAGUACAAUCUUUCUUUCUUUUCAUCUAUUUUCAGGUUUAUCGUUCAUUCGUUCGUUUUCUUUCUUUCAUUCUUUCUUUCUUUCUUUCUUUCUUUCUUUCUUUCUUUCUUUCUUUCUUUCUUUCUUUCACGUCUUUUUAAAUCUCUUUUGCCUUUAUUCUAGUUUCCUCGCUUUCCUUUUUCAUACUUUUCUUUUUUUUUCAUCCCUCUUUCUUUCUUUCUUUCUUUCUUUCUUUCUUUCUUCUUUUUUAAUAUCUUUUUCAUUUCUUUUCAUCUAUCUUUCAGGUUUAUCCUUUGUUCGUUCCUUUUCUUUCUUUUCAUUCUUUCUUUCUUUCUUCUUCCUUCUUUCUUUCUUUCUUUCUUUCUUUCGUUUAUCGUUUUUCGUUCGUUUUCUUUCUUCUUUCUUUCUUUCUUUCCUUCUUUCUUUUCUUUUUCUUUCUUUCUUUCUUUCUUUCUUUCACUACACCGCUUUUUCAUUCUUUUUUUUCUUUCUUUCAGGUUUAUUUUGUUCGUUCCUUUUUUCCUUUCUUUCUUUCUUUCUUCCUUCCUUUCUUUCUUUCUGA